CCCUAUAUAUUGGUGUCCACGGGGUCCUCUGUCGCCUACACAGGUGUCCGCGGCGCGCGGGGUCCUUGGGCCCUCUUAUAGGUGUCCGCGACGCCGGCCUGGGGUCCUCGGACCCUAUAUAUUGGUGUCCGCGGGGUCCUCGGGCUCCUACGUAGGUGUCCGCGGCGCCCGUGUGGUGCCUGCGCUCGCGGGGCAACAUGGCGUCGGUGCGGGAGAGCGACACCUCGCUGUGGCUGCACAACAAGCUGGGUUCGCCCGACGAGCUGUGGACGCCCUCCAGCAUCGUCUCGCUGCUCACCAAGGACGUGAUACGCAACAUCCAGGAGUGCUUCCACGCGCUCUCGUCGCCUGUGAAGCUCAAGCUGCUGCUCGGGGUGCUGCACCUGCCGCGCCGCACCGUGGACGAGAUGAAGAGUGCCCUGGGAAUCAUUCUGACGCUGGCCCGGAGCGACCCAGACCUGUGGGUUCAGAUGAUCGCUGAUGUCGUGAGGACAUUCCCGGAUUCUGGAACGCUCAACCUCGAGCUGGAGGAGCAGAACUCCAACGCGCAGAGUGUCCUGGGGGACCUCAAAGAGAAAGUGAUGGACUGCGACGCCUCCACUAUGCUGCCCCUCGAGUGCCAGUUCCUCAACAAGAGCGCGCUCACCACACUGGUGGGGCCGCUCGCACCUCCCGCCAAGCACUUCCAGCUGCGCCGCAAGCCCAAGAGCGCCACGCUGAGGGCAGAGCUCCUGCAGAAAUCUACGGAAACGGCGCAACAGCUGAAGAAGACUUCAGGAAUCCCCUUCCAUGCCAAAGGGAGGGGCCUUGUGAAGAAGAUUGACACCACCACGCCACUGAAAGGAAUUCCCAAGCAGGCGCCGUUCCGCAGCCCCAGCGCCUCCCCCGGCUUCGGCCCCCCCGGCACACGCACGCCCCUUUCGGCGCGCACGCCACUCCGCAAGGAACGCGGUGUAAAGCUGUUGGACAUUUCGGAGCUGGAUGCGGUGGGAGCUGGCCGCGAGGCCAAGCGGAGGAAAAAGGCCCCAGAGGCGGAGCAGGGGGAGAAGGCGGCUAAGGAUGAGGCGGCCGUGAACCCCGUGACCCCAGACUACGCCGCUGGACUUGUGUCAACUCCGAAACUGGGAGCACUUAGCAAUGACAGCUCGAUGCCUUCCACCAGCUACCUGCCGGCCACACCCAGCAUGAUCCCUUCCUCGUCCUACAACCCCAGCGCAGACGCCCCCUCUGGCGCCAGUGGGGCAGCGGCCAUACGCGACGCCCUGCAGUCGAACCGCACCCCCGAGGAGCCCCCCAGCUCCCCGGCCGUCCCCGCGCUGCAGAGCCCGUUCAAGCAGCGGGCGCCUCUCUACAGCAGUGCCCUGCCCUCCUCCGCGGCCGCCCCCGCUGCUUCCCCGAGCCCCACCACGCCGCAGCCCACCACCCCCACCCUCGCGCAGGCCCCGGCUAGCCAGCAGCAGCCCGUGCCCGUUCCACAGCCUCCUGCCGCCACCGCCGCCUCCACUGCCACCACUACCGUCGCUCAGCAGCAGCAGCAGCAGCAGACGCAGCAGAGCCAGCCUAAGAAGAACCUCUCGCUCACGAGAGAACAGAUGUACGCUGCCCAAGAGAUGUUUAAAACUGCAAACAAAGUUACAAGACCGGAGAAGGCCUUAAUCUUGGGAUUCAUGGCCGGGUCCAGAGAGAACCCGUGCCCCGACCAGGGCGACAUCAUCCAGAUCAAGCUGAGCGAGCACACGGAGGUGCUGCCCAAGGCCGACGGCACCGGCAGCACCACCAUGCUGGUGGACACCGUGUUUGAGAUGAACUACGCCACGGGCCAGUGGACGCGCCUCAAGAAGUACAAGCCCAUCACCAACACGUCCUGAGGCGGCGACGCGCGCUCACGGAGAGUUGCGUUCCCGGUGACGAGCCCCGUGCUAAACCUCGCCGUGCCCCGUAGCCCGGGACCGCCGUUUCUCCUGCACGGGCACAAAAUGAGACGAACGCGUUGUGUAAAUUGCUUUAGUUUCCUCACGCUGUAGGAACAAAAACACGAGACUUGACUGAUUUUAUAAAUGUAGACUUCCUCAGAGGAGGGGGAGCGUCUUGACCAGUGUAGUCCAGUGGUCAGAUGUGAGCCCUUGUAGCAGCACUGCCCUGUAUCACAUGCGAUUGCUCUCGGACUCUAAUUCUGAUCGGACGAGCAGUCGCAACUGCACAUGUCAUUUCACUUACCGAAAAUGUACUCGCGCAAGAUGGUAAAUAAGUGAAUAUGCCUUUGCCUUAUUAGUUUUCUAAAAUGGAAAUGUGGUGACGUUAAUAGUGCCGUCAUAUUUUGUAGAACGCCAUUGGCAAUGCCCUGUGUCCUUUCCCUGAAUAUUGUUUUGAUUUGUUAAUCCCUUCAAAGCUUAACAAUACACAUGGUCUGUGUUUGAAUUUAUUUUACAAUGAACGUGUGUAAUGCUGUUGACCUCCCGACGUGUGUAUGGCCGUGGUUUCGUUACAUGUUGUUUAACAUUGCUAAACUGUCACAUGUUUGUCAAAGAGGUGUCCUUGGUCGAUAUUUUUCAGAUUGUUUCGAUGAUUGAUAUUUACCUCGGAAAAUCUCUGGUAUUUAAAACAUCAGACUUUGGUUUAAA